AAUCACAGUAUGGACUUCUGGAAUCUGACAAUCCGAAUUAUUUUCUUAUCACAAACUGUUAUUGGAAUUCAGGGUAAUUUGUCUUUUAUAUUCUACUAUCUACUCCUUUACUACAGAAAACACAUAUUAAAGCCCACAGAUUUGAUUCUCCUGCACAUAUUGGCAGCCAAUGCCUUGAUCAUUCUUUCCUUUGGAGUGCCUCACACCAUGUCAGCUUUUGGGUUGAAGCAGUUUUUUAAAGAUUUUACUUGUAUGUUCCUGAUGUACAUCCAAGGAAUUAGCAGGAGUGUGUCCAUUGGCACCACCUGUGUUUUGAGUGUCUACCAGGUCAUGAAAAUCAGUCCCAGGGAAUUCUGUUGGGAGGAUUAUAAACACAGAGUUGCCAAGUACAUUGGCUUCUCCAUUUCCAUCCUCUGGGUCUUCUUUAUGUUGAUAAAUUUCAUUUCCAUUAUGCACUCAUUUAUCAGUAUGAACAGUAAAAAUGUGACAAGAAAACGAGAUUAUGGAUACUGCACUAUUGUAAUCCAUGAUGAAAUCAGUGAGUUUCUCUAUGCAGUAUUGGUGGUGUGUCCUGAAGUCUUUCUUUCUGUGCUCAUUGCCUGGUCCAGCAUGUCUAUGAUUAUCAUCCUGUACAGACACAAGCAGAGGGUUCAACACAUCCGCAGCACUCACGGUUCCAGCAGAACCUCCCCUGACUCCAGGGCCACCCAGAACAUCCUGCUUCUAGUUUCCACCUUUCUGGCUUUUUAUACUCUCUCCUCCAUCUUAAGAGGCUGCAUUGCUCUUUUUCAUAAUCACAAUUGGUGGCUGGUGAACAUCAACCCCAUCAUUUCUCUGUGUUUUCCAUCAUUUGGACACUUUGUUCUUUUGAGUCCUUUCUCAAUUUUGUCCAGGUUACGUGAUUUGAAUCAAAAGUAA